AUGGACAAGAAAGACGCUUCCGGCGAUAAUCCUAGCUGGCGAUGGGAGCCCUGGAUCCGGAGGGACCCUCGAAACGCGAAGGUCAUCGAGAAGACGUUCUCCAAGGGCUAUUUCAUCGAAGACCUGGAGAACUUUGAUGCCGCAUUUUUCGGCAUCUCCCCCAAGGAGGCUGAGCAGAUGGACCCUCACCAGAGGCUGGGCCUGGAGGUCACGUGGGAAGCCCUCGAGAACGCUGGUAUCAAUGCUAAAUCCCUCUCCGGCUCGGAUACGGCCGUGUAUAUGGGCGUUGACUCGGACGAUUAUUCUCGACUUCUCCUCGAAGAUCUACCCAAUAUCGAGGCUUGGAUGGGCAUCGGCACCACGGCCCACGGGAUCCCCAAUAGGAUCUCUUAUCACUACGACCUCAUGGGUCCCAGCGUAGCGGUUGAUGCUGCGUGCGCGUCAUCCUUAUGUGCUGUACACCUGGGGCGGCAAGCAGUUUUAGGGGGGGAGUCAAGGGUUGCUAUCGUCGGCGGUGUUAACGUCUGCCUUUCCCCCGCGCUAUUCCAUAUGUUGGGCUCAGCAGGUGCGCUCUCGCCAGAUGGCGUUUGUCUCUCGUUUGACGACGACGCCCACGGUUACGCUAGAGGGGAGGGCGCCGCCGUUCUCGUUCUAAAACGUCUGUCCCACGCCAUCGCUGAUGGUGAUCAUGUCCUCGCUACUCUCAGGGGCACCGCCAUUGCCCAGGACGGCAAAACGAAUGGAAUAAUGGCCCCUAACGCUAAAGCCCAGGAGCUCGUCGCCAGAAAAGCCCUUCAAGUAGCUGAUAUCGACCCUCUAUCCGUUGGCUACAUUGAGGCUCACGCCACAUCCACCUCCCUCGGCGACCCAACGGAGGUCUCGGCCAUCUCUGCGGUAUACGGCGCUGGACGCCCGCAGCAUAGCCCUGCCUAUGUCGGAUCCAUCAAGCCCAAUGUCGGUCAUCUCGAAGCUGCGGCUGGUGCUAUUAGUCUGGUGAAAGCCAUAUUAGCAGUAAAUAAGGGGCUCAUCCCGCCCCAAGCCAGACUGAAUAAGUUGAACACCAGGGUUGAUUGGGAGAAGUCUGGUCUGCAGGUGGUGAGAGAGAGAACCGAAUGGACCGAGUCUGAUCAUCCUCGUCGUGCUGCCGUUUGCUCAUAUGGAUACGGCGGGACAGUGUCCCACGCUAUCAUCGAACAGUCACCUGUUCCUAUUCCUGUUCCCGUCGACCAAAAAGGAAAAGGGAACCCCACACUCCUGCUACUCUCAGCUCCGCAGGCGAAGAGGUUAGCUAUCCAAAGCGCUGCUCAGGCUGAAUGGAUAUCUGCCGCUGGCGGAUCCGAAAGCCUCAAAUCCAUUGCCACCACUCUAGCGCGGCGCCGUGCCCACCACGACUUUCGCGCCGCGUUCGUCGUCUCUAGUCAUGCGGAAGCUGCCGAGGCUUUCAACUCUCUCACUAAAGGCACUGUAGACGAGUGGGCCACCCAAGGCCGCACAUACGAGAGUGGCAUCAGCAGGGAGACGGUCUGGAUAUUCUCCGGACAUGGCGCUCAGUGGGCCGACAUGGGGAAGGAACUCCUUCAGAAUCGUAUAUUCUACCAGACGGUCGUUCCGCUUGAUGAUAUCGUGUCCCAGGAGCUUGGAUACUCUGCUAUUGAGAGUCUCAAGGCUGGCACAUUCCAAGAUUCGGACGAAAUCCAGGUUCUCACUUACCUGGUGCAGGUCGGCCUCAGCCGAGUGCUAAAGUCCCGAGGAAUUCAGCCCGAUGCAGUAAUCGGACACUCUGUGGGAGAGAUCGCCGCGUCAGUCGCAGCUGGGUGCCUUACCCCUGAAGAGGGAACUAUCAUCGUGACGAGACGCGCUCGCCUGUAUUCCCAGGUUAGGGGCCUUGGAGGGAUGUAUUUGGUUAACCUGCCUUUCUCGGAAGUCUCUGCCGAGUUGGGCGACAGGAAAGAUAUUGUAGCCGCCAUCGAUUCCUCCCCGUCGUCUUGUGUCAUCAGCGGCGCGGUUGCUCCUCUGGCGCAGUACGUGGAAGGCCUCAAGGAGCGCGGUAUAAGAACAUUCCAAGUAAAGACCGAUAUUGCCUUUCACAGUCCCAUGCUAGAAAGCUUGUCGGCGCCGCUGAAGGAUGCUCUAUCUGGCGCGCUCAAUCCCGAACUACCAGUAAUAACGAAACUGUACUCAACUUCUCUGGCAGAUUCCCGGACCCCGGCCCUCAGAGACGUCGACUACUGGGUCAAUAAUAUGCUCAGUCCGGUGUGGCUUACCUCCGCCGUCAACGCCGCCGUCAAGGACGGAUAUAGGACUUUCCUCGAAGUUUCUGCUCAUCCAAUCGUGUUGCACUCGGUAAACGAGACACUGCUAGAGAAGGACCUGAAGGACUUCACCACUAUUGCUACGAUGAGGAAGAAUCAGCCUGUUGAGAAGAGCAUCCUUCACGCUAUCGCCCAGCUUCACAUUAAAGGCGUCAAUGUCGACUUUGCCGCCUUAUUCGGUCGCAACUGGUCUGGCGAAGUUCCCGGCUUCCGCUGGAGCCAGAAGCCAUUCUGGAAGGAGGUUUCUUCUGGCUCGGCGAGCGCGGAGAGUCGGACAGCCAUUGCGGGCACUAAUACGACUCUCUUCACCACCAAGCUCAACGAAAGCAACAAGCCCUUCCCCCGGCCUCACCAAUUGCAUGGCACUAACAUCAUCCCCGCCGCCGUCUACGUAAACACAUUUCUCCACGCCGCUAACGCCACCACCCUCUCCAACAUGAUGCUAAGAGUCCCCCUUGCAGUCACCGACGAUACUCGCAAUGUUCAGAUAGUCGUCGAAGACGAGAAUGUUAAGGUCACUUCUCGGCUCAGCUCCUCUGAUGACCACUCAUGGGUGACUCACAGCACAGCUCGCUGGAGCGCCGAGCCCCUUCCUCACGACACCCCGCCUUUCGACAUAGAGGUCACCAAGAAACGUAUCGGUAGCAUCUUACCAAACACAUUCUCCAUUGACUACCUCGCUAAGGUCGGAGUGGCCGGUAUUGCCUUCCCCUGGGCAGUUACCGAGCAUUAUGGCAAUUCCAAGGAGAUGAUCGCCAAGGUCGACAACGACCCGGACAGCGAGACCAUGACGUGGGACCCUCAGUCGUGGGCUCCGACGCUCGAUUCCGCGGCGUCGGUCGGCUCCACCAUCUUUUCAGAUGACGCGAAGCUACGCAUCGUCUCGCAGAUCGACGAGUUGAGUAUAUACUCGAACCGACCUCCCCCAAAGAUUUACUACCUCUAUGUCACGGAAACCGACGCCGCCGACGACCCGCAAAGUCGGUCCGCGGAUGUCUCUGUCCUGGAUGUGAACGGAGAGCUUCUGGCGAAGUUCGGAGGAAUAAGGCUUACCGAGGUCGACCGCAGCUCGGGAGUUGGUAAAGGGAUAGAUGGCCUAGUUCACCAGAUGGCCUGGGUGCCGGCUCGCCUAUCUGAGAAACCCCUGCCCAUAAAACAAGCUGUCUUCAUAUCGCAAGACGGUAAGACACUGCAACAGUACGCGGGCGACUUGCAGAGACAUGUCUCGAAGAUUGUAAAGAUUGAUACCGCCGAGGAACUCACACGGGCAGACGUGUCUGCCUUGUUGGGCGAGAGAGACUCGGCAGUGGUUUACUGCCCUGGGCCGGUUGAAACUUCUGAGGGUAUCGCAACUUCGGCACAGAAGUUUAUCUGGGAGGUAGCAACGGCGGUCAAGUUCAUUGUUCACAACCACCUUCCCGUCAAGUUCUUCAUCGUUACGGAUCGAGUCUUUGCCGCCGAAUCAGAUACUGCGCUCGCCCAAGGAGCUCUGUACGGUCUUUCCCGCGUCGUUGCGCUAGAGCACUCCGACAUCUGGGGCGGGUUGAUUGACAACGAGGGCCCGAAUUUCCCCGUUCUGCCAUUCAAGUACGUCCAAGGGCAGGACAUCAUCCGCUUCAUGGACGGUGUGCCUAGGAUCGCACGCUUCAGGCCUUUCUCGACGGACCAGCGUCACCCAGCCACAAGCACUAUGACACUGCUGCCGAAGCCCCAGGGUACCUACGUUAUCACGGGGGGGCUAGGAGUUCUUGGUCUUGAGACGUGUGAUUUCCUGAUCGAGAAGGGGGCUCGUCGCAUUGUCAUCAUCUCCCGCCGCGAGCUGCCGCCUCGUAGCCAAUGGGCGAACGCGGCCGACGCGCUGGCCCCCGUAUUGGGCAGGAUACAGGCAAUGGAGAGUCUAGGCGCCAGCAUCCACGUCAUAUCAUUCGACGUCGGCGCCGGCGAUGCACACAAGCAGUUACUCGACGCGCUAGAUCGCCUCGCGCUUCCCCCUGUCCUCGGAGUCAUCCAUGCCAGCGGAGUGCUGGAGGACAGCCUCUUGGUCGAGACGACGGCAGACUCGUUCGCGCGGGUGCUGUCGCCGAAGAUUUCCGGCGCCAUCGCUCUGCACCGGGCCUUCCCCCCGGCCACGCUCGACUUCUUCGUGCUGUACUCCUCGAUAGGGCAGCUGGUCGGCACGUCCGGGCAGAGCUCGUACGGGUCGGGCAACGCCUUCCUCGACACGCUGGCCACCCACCGCAGGAACCGGGGGGACAACGCGAUCGCGUUCCAGUGGACGGCGUGGCGCGGCAUGGGCAUGGGCACGUCAGAGUUCCUCACGCUCGAGCUGCAGAGCAAGGGCAUCACCGACAUCACGCGCGAGGAGGGCUUCAGCGCCUGGGAGCACCUGUCCAAGUACGACGUCGACCACGCGGUCGUGACGCGCAGCCUCGCCUUCGACGAGGGCGAGCCGGUGCCGUGCCCGCUGCUCGAGGAGGUGGCGAUCCGCCGCGCCCGCGCGCCCGACGCGGCAGCGCCGGCGGAGGGGAGCAAGGGCGACGGGGCGGCGCGGCCGACGGCGCCGGCCGAGCUCAAGACCUGGCUCGACGUGAAGAUCCGCGAGUGCCUCGGGGCGAUCCUGAAGAUCGGGGACAUCGAGGAUAUCGACCCGCGCGUGGCGCUAACGGACAUUGGCGUCGACAGCGUCAUGACGAUCGUACUGAGGCAGAAGCUCCAGAGUGUGCUCAAGGUGAAGGUGCCGCAGACGCUGACCUGGAACCACCCGACGGUGGUGGCGAUGGUGGAGUAUUUCUUGAAGCAGUUCCAGGACGAGGCGGGCAAAUCAUAG